UACAUAUCCAACCGAGUGUUAGGAGGACAUUUGUCAAAGUGGCGAAGUGAGUGGACGUUGUCAUCAUCAGCGACAGCCCCAGAACCAAAAUUUUAAAUUUAUCAUAAAAAUAGAAGAAAAAAAAACGCACAGAGAAUAAAAUGUUUCUAAUUAAAGCCUUGUUAGUCAUCUCAACGGUUGCAACACUGGCCAACAAUGUUUCGGCCAUUCACUGUUAUCAAUGUGCCUCCCUGGGCAAUAAGAAGUGUGGCGAACCAUUUGAGGCUGAGGACAGCAUGAAAUACGACUGCAACAAAGCUGCUAUACCAAUGUACCUCCAGACCUUUUUACCUCUUGGCACUUUCAAUGCCACCGGUUGCAUGACACAAACUGUGGAAGCACCCCUCGGCGGUGGUACGCACAUAAUACGUUCCUGUUAUUUUGGUGAUACCGUCAACACAGAUAAUGGCUGUAAACUGGAUCCCAAAAGUGCCGAUUCUCUGGGAUCAUGCUAUGUUUGCACAAAGGAUUGGUGUAAUGGUUCAUCAUCAAUGGCUCAACUGGGAGUGGGCUUCAUUUUGUUAUUGGCCUUGGCUCAAAUUAUCUGCUAAACAAAUUAGUGGAGAGCAACCUCGUUAGUUGCAAUUGUUUGUUGUAUUUUGUUAUUUGUUGUUGUUACCAGAAAAAAAUAAUAAACAAGACUGCUAAAGCAAUAUUUAUUUUUGUAUAUGUUUUUAAGUUUCGAAAGGCUUUUUAUGCAUUUCAUGUUUUUAUUUUUGACAUAAAUAAAUG